GAGAUGUUGCAAUCAACAAAACUGUGAUAAACUUUCACGAAAGCUAGCAUUGGUUUAUUUAUUUUUGAUGCAAAUUUUGCAUACCCUGGGUAACAAUUUAACACUGUUCUCUUUUCAUAUCAUUAGGUAUUUUGUGAAACAGAAUAACGCCGUGAUCUCUAGAAAGGAAGGUUCCAUUGGAAGAUCGGUUUUCUUAGAAGGUUCCACUGGGAGGUUAUCUGUUAACGUUCUUUGUCGUGAAGGAUCCGUACUACACCAUGAAGAUUCUGUCAGCCGUAUUCGCCAUGACCUUGAUGAUAGAACUGCAGCACACGUUCGCUUAUGUUAUCAACGAAAGUAAACAGGGUAUUACAUGCUGGACAUGUCCUGACAAGGGAAGCAACUCUGAAUGUAACGACUGGGCGCCCGAUCGACAAUGCCCUGAUAGUAAAACCGUCUGCCAGACGGUCCAUAGGUUCUCCGAGAGCACGGGCCAGAGUGCGAAGGUCAACAAACAGUGCGUGUUACCCACGGAAUGCACUUACAACCACGUAGGCUGUCGCUCUGAGAAUGGAGUGAAGAUCUGCGUGUCGUGCUGUAACACACCAUACUGCAACAAAGAAGCACCUCACAACAACGACACUGCCAUCAACCUAUCAGUAACCGUCCUUCAGCCGUCGUCCGCCACUUACGCCUCGUUUCAUUGCCCAGUCAUGAUUUUUGUUCUGUCGGCGACUGCCUUACUCUUUACCUGAUUGAUCAGUGGUUUACGGUGAAGUUGAUUGGCCGAGCUCCUUGAAGUUCGGAUUGCUGCGUCUUGGUUGCAUGCACUGUUCAAAAGGCUGAAGCCAGAAACGCCAGAUUAGUGGAGUCGCUUAAUCCAUAGUUACAGCGUUCCUGGCGGAGAACACUUCGAUUCAGGUGAAGAAUGACUUUGAUAAUAUAGUGCUUGUUUUCUGAGAAAGCCAUAAGUUAUACCCUGGUAUAACCGAUGUUACAUAUUGUGUUUUAAUAGUUGAGGAGUUCAGUUUCAAGGAGGUAAAACCAGAAAAGCCUGCACCACGUGGCACUACGGUACCAUCACUACCUAAGGGUGGAAUUUUUACGCCACAGGUAAAACUGGAAUCGGCAUCUAAACAGCAGUCGUAAACUAAGCUGUCGAUAUAACGGAGUGAAUUAAGAUUGGUCAACCACAUGAAAAAAUUACUGCAACUCGCUGAAGUGCUAUUAUUACAUUUAGGAGGUUCGAACCUAUAUGUAACAGAACGCCUAAGCCCCGCUUGUAUCCUGGGAAGCUAUAAGUAGUAAGAGACACCUGCACAGCCGUUCCUACAGAUAAGCUUGGAAGUUAUUAGCAGGCGUUCUAGACUAGGGAUGUUGUAUAUAUAUAUGGUGAUAUAUAUAGUGAUACUUAGGAACCUCGCCUCAUUGGCGCAAAAUUGGUAGACAUCUUGGGAUCUUGUAUUAAUGGCAAUUGUCACAAACAGUGUGCCACAACUGAUGGUGCAGAUUCUUGCUCAGGUAAUUAGCUUUAUUUGGGAUUAAUCUUCAUAGUUAUAGCCUCCUCAAAUUUUUGUUCAGAAACGAUUUAUUUCUAUAAACACGGCCGAACUGGUUAUCAGUAUAUGCAUUCCGGAUUCGAGGCUGAUUCAGCAUCAGAUUUAGAAUAAUAACAGAACCUUGGAAUGGAUAUUGUAAACUGCACAAAGUGCAUAAUAACUGUAUGGUAUAUUCACUAACCAAUUGGAAAGACACACAUUGAAAAUGUACACGAUAUCAUCUGGGUUAGUUAAUGCAGUAUACCAAUUGAUCAAUGCUGAAAUAUUGUCUUGGGAAACUGCAUGCUAUUGCGAUUCCAUUGCUCACGUAUUCUAUACGACGACUGUUCAUGGUACCGGAAUAAAGCUGCUUUUUUUCUGCAUAAAAGAUAUGGACAUGUAA